AUGAAAGAUCGUGAAGAACGUCCAUCAAUGGACGAGAUCCUCAAUGCACUUGGAACCGCACUUAGAUGUCAAUGCUCAGAUGUUGGUGUCGGUAGUAAACAAACUCGCAUUGUUGGAAUUUUGAAUGUAAAAGUACUAAAAGGAUUGGAGCUUUAUAUUGAAAAUCCUUAUGUGAUACUCAAACUAAGGAACUUGCGAGAUCAAUUAAUUCCAUCUAUGAAGAAGACGGCCAUAAGGUACGGCUACAAGAAAAGGGAUCCGUAUUGGAAUGAAGAAUUCACUCUGUAUGUUGAAUAUCCUGAUCAACCGCUAGAAAUAUGGGUAGAAAUCCAUGAGCAAGUCGGGAGGAUCAAAGAUCUAAUAUUUAGCAACAUUACUUCUGGAAGUCCACAGACUCGAAAAAUUAGGCUUUUUAAUGUUAAGGAUGGCCGUCACGGUGGAAGCUACUUACAAGGGAAAAUCAUGGUUGAGAUAAUGUACAUACCGUGCUCAUAUUACACUGCUUUUGAAGAUAUAUGCCCACUACAAAAGGCUCCUACAGGGACUCCUAAAGGAGGAGGAUUGCUUCUUGUUAUAAUCCACGAAGCCAUUGACCUUCAAUCAAGUUAUCACAGCAAUCCGUAUGCUUCAUUGCUUUUCCGAGGAGAAUUAAGAAAAACCGUGCCAAUAAAAAAGACAUCUUAUCCGAAAUGGCAAGAAGAGUUUACAUUUGUGUUAGAACAGCCACCAACGGAGGAAAAACUGCAUCUGGAAGUCAUUAGCACUCCUUGGAUGGGAAUAAUAUAUCGAAAGGAAGAAUCGAUGGGAUAUAUUGAUGUAAAGGCUGUUGAUGCUGUAAAAGAAAGACGGAUUAUCAACCGUUACCGUCUUCAAAAUGUAAAACAUGGUUCGCUUAUGGUGGAGUUGCAAUGGAGAUCAAUCUAACUAGAUGACCACUAGUAAUAACCAAGAGUCAUUGAUGGCAAGCUAGCGGCAGCCACAUAUAUCAUAUCAUCGUGUUUAUGUAGUAACUGAAUGAUCACCAUGUCAUUUUUAUUUAAGGUUAAGUGCGCCGAAAUUUAAUAAACUAUAUCUGAAAAGCUAUAGUGUGCAUGAAUUUAAAUCAACCUUAAUUUAUUGUAUCAUUAAUUGUAUGCAUGAAGUUAGUAAAAAUGUUUAUGGGAUCUAUAUAUAAGUCAACCUUUAUUGUAUCAUUAAUUGUAUGC